AACUGUGCCCAGCCGUCAAGAUAGCCGCGGACUCUAAGCUGUUGUGCGGCUGGGGCGGCUACGCGUUGGAGGGAUGCGUGGACACGCUGCUCCGGCCGCCACAGCCGCAGGCCAGCCAGCUGGGGACGGUGUAUGCGACGAAGAGGAGGCGGCGGAAUGGGAAAAGCAUCAAGCCCCCUUCAAAAGACGGCGUGACGAAGAGUAACCCCUCGAAGCGACACCGCGAGCGCCUGAACGCUGAGCUGGACACGCUGGCCUCGCUGCUGCCUUUCGAGCAGAACAUCCUCAGCAAGCUGGAUCGCCUCUCCAUCCUGCGGCUGUCUGUCAGCUACCUAAGGACUAAAAGUUAUUUUCAAGUUGUGAUGCACAAGGACAAGGAGGAGCUGCACGGGCACAGGCGCGAGCACUCCGCCUACGACCAUGUCAUGCCCGACGGGGAAAUGUUCCUGCAGGCGCUGAACGGCUUCCUGAUGAUCCUCACAUGCGAAGGCGAGGUGUUCUUCGCAACCCACAGCAUAGAGAGCUACCUCGGCUUCCACCAGUCAGACAUAGUACACCAGUCGGUCUACGAGCUAGUCCACUCUGAGGACCGAGAAGAACUGCAGCGGCAGCUGCUGUGGAACUCUUUCCUACCUCCUGAAGUCAGCAAUCUGACGCUGCAAGAUGUUUUGAGGCCUGAGAGAGCGCAUCUUCUGGAGAGAAGCUUUACUGUACGGUUUAGGUGCCUACUAGACAAUACUUCAGGGUUCUUGAGGCUAGACAUCCGGGGCCGAGUCAAGAUCCUACACGGGCAGAAUAAAAAGACGGAAGAACCACCGCUAGCGUUGUUUGCAAUAUGUGCCCCCUUUGGACCACCAAGCUUACUGGAAAUUCCUCAGAAGGAGGUCAUGUUCAAGAGCAAGCACAAACUUGAUCUUUCGCUCGUGUCUAUGGAUCAAAGGGGUAAGAUGCUUCUAGGGUACACGGACGCAGAACUGGGGAACAUGGGGGGUUACGACUUAGUACAUUACGAUGAUCUAGCCUAUGUGGCCAGCGCUCAUCAAGAAUUAUUAAAAACAGGUGCUUCCGGCAUGAUCGCGUACCGCUUCCAGACCAAAGAAGGGCAGUGGCAGUGGCUGCAGACCUCAUCGCGGCUGGUUUACAAAAACUCCAAGCCCGACUUCGUUAUUAGCACACAUAGGCCGUUAAUGGAGGAAGAAGGCCGCGAUCUCCUCGGCAAGCGGACCAUGGACUUCAAAGUCAGCUACUUGGACACGGGACUAACAAGUCUGUACUUUUCGGAAACUGAACAGCUUUCAGGCUGCGAGUCUACAGUCACCACCCCUCCCCGAAACGCGCGCCGCUACAAAACACAACUUCGAGACUUCCUUUCCACCUGUCGAAAUAAAAGACGGGUGCCUUCCACCCCUGCUCCGCCUCCUGUAGACUAUCUAGCCGCUGAUGCCGUCGCAGCAGCGUAUACUAACCUAAACGGUGCCUACACCGCACCAUACGGAGAAUAUCCUCCAGCUCCCGCCUUACAUUAUGCCCCGCCGCCUUUGGAUGAUAGGUUUCUCACGGCUGAUAAUAUCUUCCAUCAAUAUAAACCACUAUCGUACCACUACACUCCUUACACGCCCAAUGGCUUCCUAGAACCGGCACCGCCACCCGGAUAUGACGUGGCACCGACGUACCAUAGGCCCCCUUCUAGAGAAUACACAUACGUAGAUGCUAGUGGAAGGUACAUGAGUCCUGUAACGGGGCAAGAAAGGAGAUCACCUAGUAUUGUGCCUGGACCGAGUCCUGGUGGGUCCAGCGGGUCUGCGGAACAUGAACGAAUGCAGCAAACGCAGCCAGCAGAGGUGCCCAGACAGACUGUCCUCAUGUGGGGCGCUGGCGGGGCGGCUCAAGAAGUACCCGUGGAGUACUCCCCUCCUCAGGUUUGGCGCUACCACCCAUCACACUAUCACACCGCUGAAGCGACACAAUGAUUUUUAGUAGCCUUUUUUGCGUGCAAUUGUUUCGUUUUAAGUAGAUUAUGGGGUUUGAUGAAACUGUCGACGAACCUACGAUUAUAAGAAAAAAUCUUAUAUCCCCAGGAUAUAAAUAACAUUUGCGAAUACAGUUCUUAUUCACUAAUAAAAUUAAGGUUUCCUAUAAAUAUGAAGCUCAAUUUGGAAAUUGAUUGAAACUUAAAUAAAUGAGCAGUAAUCGUUUGUACCGUCAUCAAAGUUUAGCAAUCAUAGUCGUAAAUUCAUUUUAGGAUAAAGGUAAUUUUUACGACAGUUCCAUCAAAUUCGUGUCUUCAAAGUUUUGUCGCGUGACUUCGUUAAUGAAAUAAUUAACUAGAUUGUUUAGUGAUAUUUUACUUUUAACAAUAUUACUAUCAUUACGAAACUUCCUUAUCACGCGUCAAAACAACUUGUUACCAAGGAGUUUAUUUCCUUAAGUCUUAUACCUCGCUCAGUCCAGUCUUAGUUUCUUUACUAAGCCUUAGUCCAAAGAUCGUAAGACCACGUUUCUUACGUUUUUUCGACUUGCUGUAUUUUUUGUAAUGGAUAUUCUAGACAAAUUUUGACAUCGACAACAAGCAAAAUCAUUGCCUACUCAUGUGUGUUCCUUUUCAAAUUCCUAUAGCUUAUAACUAGUUGAAUAUUAAAACCAUGGACCGUUCAUUUAAACUGGAUGUUACGUCUAGUACCAAAAGUUAUAAUAGUAUUAUAGCGACGCCUGGGUUCUUCUUCGGGGAUUGGGGGGGAGAAGAAUGGUCUAUAUGUAAAAGUAGAUUUUUUUAAAUGUCUACAUUUGUCUAGAGGUGUCCAAAGACAUGACCUUUACUCUGAUUAUAGGCCAUGCCAGAAACAGGGUCCUUCCAUUUUCUUCAAUGUAGAUAAAUUUCUUGUAAAAUUCAAAUAUUCUUCUAUGCGAGAAUAAUAAAAUUCAAGUAGUCCAUUCUGUAGUUAGGUUUUAAUUUUAUAUCAUGCAAUGAGAGUUUUUGUAAUUAAUUGUACAUAUUUAUUUUAAAUAGUAAUUAAAUGCUUGGGCUUAGUAUUGAAAUAUAGCUUAGCUCGCGAUAAAUAAAAAUUGAGCAUUUUUAAAAUGUAUGGUAAGUAAGAAUUGAAAGGAUUAGCUGCUUUCAAAAUGUCUGCCGAUGUUUGGCAUGGCAUACGCUAGAUGGCAGAAUGGUCAAAUACAAAAUUAGAAGUUAGGGGUUUACUCCACAAUUAUGUAUGAUGUAUUGAAGAAAAAACAAAGCCUAGAACGAUACAUAUCAAUUUAAAUUAAGCACCAUUGUAUUAUAAUUAAUAGUCCGAUAAAAACCGUUUUGAAGAUUUUCGUUACCUUCAGGCUUUAUUUUUUAAGUGUUAUGCUCCACACUAAAUUUCGAAUUGACGAAUGCAAUUUUUCCAAAUCAAUUUGGAAUACUUAUAGUCGUCACAACGUAAGAAUUGCCAUUUCACAGUUACUAGUAUAAAUUGACCCUUACCUAUAUGACGAUUA